CGGAGACGUUUUAUAUCAAUCAGCUGUUUGUCGCGCUGAUUGCCGCGCGCAAAACUCGGUUGUAGCGCAGACUGUGCGUAGAAGCACCAGCCGGUCUCUGCGCCACUGAGACGCUCUCUCUCCCCUCCUCCUCCACCUCGUCAACGGCAACAGCCAUCUGCCGCCUCUUUUAAUUUCAAACCCAGCAGAUUUUCCCACAAACGUCCAGCUUCACUUGACAGAACACAAACUGCGUUUGACGCUGUGGAGGACAGCUCGCUCUCCGCACGUAUUGCGCUGGAGCAGGAAGACAGCCGGGGCACAUUUCGCACACGACACUCCGUCUGCAGAGACAGGCUGUGGGAAAGACGAAGCGGAUUUGAAUUAAGCACCGGAUAACAGGCAGCAACUCUGCAUCUUUCGGUGAGGGAGGGAGAGGAGGGAGGCAACUGUUUUGUAGCUAUCUUGGAAGCCCUGGGUUAGGAGAGGGGGGAGGAGGAGCGGAGAAUGAGCUAUUCUUGCACCAGCAGAGGCAACAGCCAGGACCCAUCAAGCGCUAAGAAGCCCGCCGGUAGUAAUCCAGCCAGAGACGCCGGAGGCACCGACAGCGGCACAGACAGCACCAGUAACGGCAGCCCCAAGCAGACGGCGGCGAUGAAAGUGAAGAAAGGCUGCAACUCGACCGACGUGGGGGUCCCGGUGACCACCGAGGAGCAACUGCUCGCCAGCACUGUGAUCACUCCGGAGGAUGUUCUUGGCUUGCAGAAGAUCACAGAGAAUUAUUUGUGUAGCCCAGAGGAGAACAUUUACAACAUCGACUUCACCAGGUUCAAGAUCAGAGAUAUGGAGACCGGCACAGUGCUGUUUGAAAUCACCAAACCCCCGUCUACAGAUAAAGGAAGUGAGAAGAGGGAUAUUGACCCAAAUGCCGGCCGAUUCGUCCGUUACCAGUUCACCCCUGCGUUUCUCCGACUGCGGCAAGUUGGAGCCACUGUUGAGUUCACAGUCGGAGACAGACCGAUAGAGAAUUUCAGGAUGAUUGAGAGGCACUAUUUCAGAGAGAAGUUGCUCAAGAGUUUUGACUUUGAGUUUGGCUUCUGCAUGCCCAGCAGCAAGAACACCUGUGAACACAUCUACGAGUUCCCACCUCUGUCUGAAGACAUCAUCAGAGAGAUGAUCCUGCACCCGUAUGAGACACAGUCGGACAGCUUCUACUUUGUGGACAAUAAGUUGGUGAUGCACAACAAGGCAGACUACUCGUACAAUGGCGGGACGUAGAGGUGGCACGCUAACAGGAGAGCAAGCGGAGUUAUGGACUAAACCCGAGGGACGAUCAAAAUACACGUGUGGGGUUAACGUCCUGUUGAUCCUGCAGUCCCUCUCCCUGUAUCUCUUCCUCUCCCUCUUUGUUUUUCCUUCAGAGAGGAUGCCGUCAAGAAAAGGCCCACACAGAUGUGACACUUAUAAUCUGUGAGAGUGUGUGUGUGUGUGUGUAAGCACAUCUGGGUUUAUCAAAGCCUAACAGGAAACACACACACACACUGAUGCACAGAGCUCAGUGUGGCGUCGCUGUAACAAAGUGUGUUUGUAACAUGAUAAACUUGCAAGUAAGCAACUUUUUAGGAAUUAUCAAAUGGUUUUUGCUCUCUAGCCACGUCAUGAAGUGAAAAAAGAAAAAAAUCUUUAAUUAUUGGUAGAAAUUAUUUACAUUUUAGGGUUUAGAAACGCGUCUGAAAA